AUGGAAGGCGGCUCUGAUGCGGCGGCUGAGCGCGCGGUGGACGCCGCGACGGUAGCCCUCUCGCGGUACGAGUUUUUCCGCGUGCACGAGGAGCCGCUCGGCGAACGUCCAACCUUCGGCUCGGGCCCUACCGCGGCGGCGGCGAGGCUUCACGAAAGCGAUCGGCCUAAAGUGCUCGUGUGCCGCUCCACGAAGGCGUACAGGCGCCUGGCUCUGUGCGUGCCCAGGCCCGGGGAGAGGACAGUCGACAUAGGCAGCGCGUACGGCGACGCCACCGCGCUCAUGGCCGAAGCCGCGGGCGAGGACGCGGUGCUGGGAAUAGACGUAUCGAAACAUUUCGUGGACCAGUCGAGCGCGGCGAGACCCGGCUUGCGUUUCGAGCGCCUCGACGCGCUCGAGGACCCGGCGCUUCUCGCCAGGGAGAUCGAGGGAUCCGUCAACGUAUUCGUCGACAUUGGGGGCGUUCGCGCCGCCGAAGCCCUCGUCAGGCUCCUCCCGGCGGUCGCCAAAAGCGCGGCGCCCUCGUUCAUCGUCGUCAAGUGCGAGGCGCUGCACGACGCCAUGGCCGACGCGGAGGUGCCCUUCGAGGGUCUGCGUGGGGCGACGACGAUCACGAGGUUCACCGUCCCGGAACGCGAGCGAUCAAACGGCGGCGCGAACGGGGUGGACGACUGCGACACCGAUUGUGGAAGCUCCGAUUCGAGGUGGCGCGACGCCGUCGCCGUCACCGCCUCGAGCGCGUCGCCCGUUUUUUGGCGAAAAACGUGCGAGCGGGAGGUUGGCAACGUCAGGGCCAGGUCCGCGUUUAAACGGGCGCACGUCGCCCGGAGCGCGCGGCCCGCGUCGGAUCUGUUCGCCAGGUAUCCUCUGAAGUACCCCCCGCGGUUCGUGCGCGGGGACGUGGAGAUUUGCCGCUUCCACAACUACUCCGCGGAUGGGUGCAUUCGCCGCGAGAAGUUUGGCAUGUGCAUGUUCGAUCACGAGCACUGCCACUGGUGCGGGGAGCACGGCCACAGGGCGUGGGAGUGCGAACACGCGGUCAAGGCGCACCAGUCGGCGGUCGUGGAUGACGGCCUGGCGCCCGCCGCCGCGCCCGUGCGUGACCCGAACGACGGAACCGCAAACGGGGUGGCAAACGGAACGGCGAACGGGGUUGUCGACGGGUUGGCAAACGGGGUUGUCGACGGGUUGGCAAACGGAAUCGAUGAAGGGUUGGCGAAAGUUUCCCUCGCGCAACCCGAGGACGUGUACGUGUACGUCGCGGGGGGACGUAACCGCGGCCAGACCGUGGGCGUCACCGAGAGGUACUCCCUGCGACGGAAGCAGUGGGAGCGAGGGCCGCACAUCGCCGACCCCCGCGGCAGCCACGGCCUCGCGGCGGCGAACGGCGUCGUGUACGCCGUCGCCGGCGGAGGGAUCAAGUCGAACCUCGCCACGGCGGAGGCGCUCCACGCGGUCGCCGACCACGCGUCCACCGCGUGGGUACCCGCGGGUGUGGUCGCGGAGGCGAGGCACGCGUUGAGCGCGUGUAACACCGGGGAUUGGGGCGUCUGCGCGAUCGGAGGAUGGGCCGACGGCAACUCGUGCACGGGCGCCGUAGAUUUUUUGGACCUGAGGACGGACCCGACGUCGACGACGUGGCGGAGCCUGGCGCCGCUGAUCACGCCGCGCAAGCUACACGGCGCGGCGGGCCUUCCCGACGGCCGACUCUUCGUCUUUGGGGGUCGGAUCGGCGAUCAUGGGGGGCCCAUCGCGGGCGCCGAGGCGUACGAUCCGACGUCGAACGAGUGGAGGGCCAUUCGUCCGCUACCCAUUGGCGCAUGCGCGUGCGCGUGCGUGGACGGAUCCGAUGAGGGGAAGGGGACGCAGUACGUGUACGUCGCCACGUGGGGCGCUGAUAAUCCCGAGGGGAACAAGUCGACGAAACGCGGGGGUAAGGACCCGCGGGUGGGCGAGGCUGGGGCGCUGUGGAGGUACGACCCGGACGCGGACACGUACGAGAGGGUGUGCGGGCUGCCACUCCCGGAGUGGUACGGUUUCGCCAUGUGCGCUUUCGACGGCUGGGUCUACCUCAUCGGGGGUAGCACGGCGGGGCGUUGGACGGGGGCGGCGUUCAGGAGAAGGGUGGACCAAGGGGGCGAGAGUGAGUGGGAGGAGCUGCCGCCGAUGAAGGUGGUGCGUCGACGGACCGCCGCGGCUGUGGCGCGAGCCGGACUGAUGAGAAAGUAA